UGUGUUAAAUCCAUGGUUUAACCCAACCAAUAUGUCAGAGACGAUGCUAUUUUAUAUAUCAGUUGUCUGUAACAAACGUUGAAACAGUAAUUACUGAUUUUAUAUAAUACCUGUGCCGGCGAUCUCGCGAAAGGACUCAAGUAUGGAUAUACGCGGAAUCGAAGUGACGAAUCAAUUGAGAAGCGCUAUUCGUGCCAAGCUUCUGGAACUCGGGGUUCGAUAUGAUGAGGAGCUGCCGGAUUACAUCUUAGUUAUGGUUGUGAACAAGAAGACGCGCCAGCAGAUGUACGAGGACCUAUGUCUAUUCUUGGAAGAAAGUACCUCACCGUUUGUAGACUGGCUUCACGAUCAAGUGUUGAAAAAGCUGCAGAAAGUAACAGUUGCAAAAAAAAAAUCCUCACGAGAUUUGGUACCAACCGUAAUUGUUAAGCAGGAAGAAGAGCGGAAAAAGAAGAAAUCAUGCCCCACAUCAUUUUUGGAAGAUCAAACUACAGACACCGUAGAUAAAAUCUCUAAAGUAACAAAGUUGCAGAAAAAAGUUGAAAAACCUAUGAUACCUAGUCUUGUUGAGCAAACCUUGCACUCAGAUGUUACACAAGUUUCGCCAAACUCACUGAAGCAAAUUGUUCCAGAAAAUAAGUUGGGAAGCUCAUUAAAUGUACAAAUUAGCAGCUCUUCUCAUGAACAAAAAGACACCGAUUCGCCUACUUUAGUAAAAGGUACAACUAGAAUGAAUCGUGAUAAAAGUAUUCAACUUUCUAAACCAUCCAAUCCGGUAGAGCAUGUCUCUAAUCCCUCGAUUGAGGCACAGAUCGAUGUAAAAAUAUCAGAAAUAUCGUCAAAAAAUUUGAGGAGAAAUUCUCUUGACAGUGUAACUAACAAACUUGAACUAAAUAGCAGUGUAGCUGCAAAAUCUUCAGAAAAAGAUGAAAUUGACAAAGAGUCUGACGAUGAUAGCCGAAAGAAAGUGAAAUCUAGUGUGAAUAAGCCAAGAAUAACUUCGGUAGUUACUGUGAAAAAUCGGCUUGAAUUUCCAAUGUCAAGAAAUAAAUUUGACAAUCAUAAGAAUAGACCAAGCUUUGAGAGUCGGUAUAGACAACCUGUGAGAGGUGUUGACAGGCAUGAAUUUGAGGGAAGCAGAAGAAACGAGUUUUCCAGUGGUAGAAAUACCAGAAGUGAAGAUUACCUUCGUAGGAAUGUUGGUAAAAAUCAUGACUUAGAAACCAGAAAUCAUGAUUCUGAUAAAAUCGUAGACAUCAAAAGUCGUCUGGGCAAUGUCAGGGAUGAUAGGUCAAGCAAGAGUUUAGAAUUGAAGGAUAAAUCUUGCUUAAAUCGGGGAGUAAAGAAUGUGGACAAGUUAACAAAUUCUAUCAAAGAUAGACUAGGAUCUGGAAACAGCAUCAAGAUUCGAGAUAGUUCAUUGAAUAGGAAAAGAGAUUCAUUGGAUGAACAGAGAAAUGCCAAGUUUUUAGAAAAGGAGAGAUUAGUUUCAAACUCAAAUCUGAGUAUAAAAAACCGUCUUGGUCCAGUGAAAAGUAUUUUCAAGUCACCUGAUGUCAAAAGACGCUUCAAUCUGACAAAUAAAGUAUUGCCGAGCAGUGAGGAUGAGGAUUGCGUGAAUUUACGCACUGAUGAUGAUACGGAUGAUGAUACUGAGUCAGUGGCCGCUGUUGGGCCAAUAAAAUCUAGAAUAAUAGCUGUCAAGAGGACUGUGAUGGAAAGCAGUGAUAGAAAAAGAUCUAAAUUGAUGAAAGAUGGUCUAACAGUCGGAACAGCUGGUAAAGAACCUAAGAGUGAUGACGAUGAUGACGAAAGAGAUAUAGAGGAUGGUAAAAUUGCAAGUAAAGUCAUUGUCACGCCCAGACCAUUGAAGCCAUUACCACCGCUUCAAAGGCGGGCAACGCAAUCUCUGUUACUAAGAGCUGUUGCGGAGGCCAACCAGUCAGUUGUUACACGAAAGAAUCCCGAACCAGUUUUAAUGGAAAAAAUAACGGCAGCAAAACGUCCGAUAGUAAGUGGAAUGCGAGAGGGCCAGAAUUUGUCUGUCCGCUUGAACUCCAGCAAAAGACUUGUCAUGGAAAAAAUUCAAGUUGAAUUAACUACUGGUGAAUCUGAUAUCGACAAUCCAGAACCCUAUGUGCCACAGCCAGUGACGGAUGAACACAUGGGUGUAGUAAUGUCUUUGUUCCAAAGAAGCAAUGAUUCUCAAAAAUUCCUGGUCACAUUGAAUGGGUAUAACAACAAUGUGUCAAAAGAAAAGGGUGCUUCAGAUGAGGAUGAACGUCUGGAGAUGGAGGUUGAUGAAGACGAUGAUUUCAUACUUACUAAUGAAAGUCCAGAAGAAUAUACAGAAAGCAAAACAGCUGAAAAUGGUUUUCAACCAACACACGAACCUGUUCAUAGUGAUAAAGACAAGACACAAACUGAAGAAAUCCGAAAAAAUCAUACAGAGGAUAAUGCUGAAGUUGAAGAGAGUUUAUCAAGGAAAAAACGAAAGUUGAGUCCUAUUGUGUACACGAGAUCAAGAUCUUCUAGUCCUGUUGAUGCAAAAUCCAGUAGUACUCUACAAGUACCUGUCAAGUCUUUGAACAAACACAUAGUUGCUGACCCUUUGAAAUCAAAUAUAAUCGAAAAAUCUAAAGAAAAGUGUCGGUAUUGGCCAAAUUGCACCUUGGGGAUCAAAUGCACAUAUUACCAUCCAACUGUUCUAUGCAGUGCAUUUCCUGCUUGCAAAUUUGGAGAUAAAUGUUUAUACAAGCAUCCAAAAUGCAAGUUUGGAUUGUCUUGUACGAAAUUGGGAUGCGUCUACACCCAUCCACCUCGACAAUGCAAAUAUCAUCCGUAUUGCACAAAUCCUACGUGCACCUAUACACAUCCGUUGCCUCAAGUACAGCAUGUUGAAGGUACUACUCACAGAGCCAAGUUCACAUGGCGUAAACACGAAUAAAUUAUUUAUAGGGUAACUCUUUCAAUUUGUUUCAUUAAAUUAAAUUGAUUAAUCAACCACAGAGCUGUGCGGAUUUUAAUAAGUCUCUAUUACUCCAUUACAAAACUUGAAAAUUGUAUCAAUUGACUAUAAUUGUGCAAAAAAAAUAAUUACCAAUCACCCUCACUGGCUAAAAAUAAAUGAACCAAUUGUUUGAAUCUAUUUCAAAUCUUAAUAAUAUUUGAUCCAUCAGCUUUUUCACUGUUUUAAAAUGUGAAUCCAGAAUAUUGUAUAUUGUACUUAUUGAUGUUUACUUUUUAACACAAGAUGACAGUAUUCAAAAUUAUAAUCAGAAUCUGCGUAGUUAGGUUUAUUCAUGAGACACUGGAAAAUAUGUAUAUUAUACCACUAUCUCUGCCCAAAACAGAAUCCACGUAUGCGUACUUGUGAUUUUGUGAAAAAAUAGUGAUUCGUUGGUAUUUGCACAUUUCGCCAAGCAAAUGAUUACUAUCGUGAAAUUUCCGUAGUAAUAUGAUAUUCAAUCCAAUGAAAUUAUUUCAUAUUUAUAUUGUAUCAUAUAUAAAAUACUUGGAUGAAUAAAAAACUUCAUUGAUAGACUGUGAAAAGUAAA